AUGUAUGCUAAUGUGCUGUUCGGGGUGGGCCUAGUAUCGGCGUUCUCGCGGCUAGGACUCGCUCAGACGAUUAUCGUGAAUGGCGAAGCCAUCAUUGCCAACGAGCACACGGUCUCCCCCGCCUUCGUCACCACCAACGCGUCCUCUUCCAACGCAACGGCCGACCUCUUUCUGGGGGAAACUCGGCAGCUCACGGACGACGUCUUAAAAAAUCUAACUGGACUCGGCUUGACUAACAUCCUAUUGUUUGGUUUCGCCGAUCCGGCGACUGCGGCUAACCAAUCUACCAUCGGGCCCUGCAAGACCUUCCCCGAUGAAUUCGUCGCAUACCCCGGCCUCGUCACUAAGAGGGUCUUUGAUCUCCUCCUAGGUGGCAGUCUUAUUCAGACCACACCGCUCGCUUCUCCCUGCUAUAGCGAUUAUGGAAACCAAGAUGCCGCCAAAUGUAGGGAGAUCACGUCGCGUUGGUCGGACAGUUCCUACAUCCACACAAACGAUCCCACAUCGAUCAACGCAAUUCUCUUCGAGGGCACCUCCUGUGUGCCUCACACGAUAAAUCCUUAUGCUAAGAACUGCACCAUUGGAGCGUACCCAACCAUGUCGGUCAACGUAACCAAUGUCUCCCAGAUUCAACUGGCUAUCAACAUGGCCCGCAGCCUUAACCUCCGGCUCGUCGUUAAGAAUACCGGUCACGAUUACGGCGCCAAGUCCACCGGAGCCGGAGCACUCUCUAUAUGGACUCACAAUUUGAAAGACAUACAGCUAUAUGAGAACUAUGAAGAGGGCUCAUACAGGGGACCGGCUUUUAAGAUGGGGGCCGGCAUCCAAGUUUUUGAAGCGUACGAAGCUGCCCAUAAGCAUAAUCUCACCAUCGUCGGCGCCGAAGGGAAGACGGUCGGCCUAACGGGAGGGUAUAUCCUCGGUGGUGGCCACUCUCCCCUAUCGAGCAUAUACGGAAUGGCGGCAGACCAGGUCCUUUCGAUAGAAGUCGUAACAGCCGACGGCCGCUUUGUCACAGCAAGCGAAACAUCUCACUCUGAGCUCUUUUGGGCCCUCCGGGGUGGUGGUGGGUCGACCUAUGGGGUUGUAACCUCCAUGGUAAUUAAAGCGUUCCCCGAAAUUCCGGUGACGACGAUGAGUUUCAGCCUAACUACCGGGGACGAUGUAUCUGUCAGGCAGUUUUGGCAAGCCGUGCGCGCCUAUUUCCAAGGUUUUAUCAACUACACCGAUGCCGGCAACUAUGCUCAUUUCAACCUCAACGCGACGAGCGGCAACUACGUCUGGAAUAUGGCACCGUGGUUUGCGCCAAACAUGUCCAAGUCUGAAUUGCAGGCGCUUAGCCAGCCCUUCUUCAAUGCCGUGGGAAAGAUCGGGCUCGAUCUCAAGCCAGUCUACCAAGAAUACACCAGUUUCUACGAGGCAUGGGACAAGUCUUUCCCUCUCGAAUCAUGGGGAUCGAAUCUUGCGCGAUACGGCAGUCGACUCUUCCCUAAAGAAAACUGGGAGAAUUCAACGAAGCUAUCGGAUACCUUCGAGGCUAUCCGAUACGUCGUGGACAGCGGCGGAGUCGUAUCCGGGUACAACGUGGCGGCAGCCCCCAAAUCCGGCUACCCGGACAGCGCUGUCAACCCGGCGUGGCGCCAGGCGGUGCUCCAUGCGGUCGACAUCGUCUCGUGGACGCAGGACAUGUAUACGGAGCUGAUCACGAUCUGGAGCACGACGCUAACCUCGGACUGGGGCGUGGUAUGGAGGCAAGUGUCGCCGGGCUCGGGGGCCUACCUGUCGGAGUCGGACUACAUCGAACCCAACUUCCAGCAGUCGUUCUGGGGAGACAAAUACGACCGGCUGUACCGGCUCAAGAAGAAGAUGGACCCGUGGGACGUGUUCUACGCGCAGAACGCUGUCGGAUCCGAGGACUGGGAGAUGUCGGAUUACAUCUUCGGGGUCCUGCCAUCGCAGAACAGCCGUCUAUGCCGCAGAGGGACGAACCUCUCUCAGCGGGGAGAGUUAAAGAAGGUCAAGGCUGAGUAG